AUGUCUACCACAGAGCGCACCUUCAUCGCCGUCAAGCCCGAUGGUGUCCAGAGAGGUCUCGUCUCCAAGAUCUUGGCUCGCUUCGAAGAGCGCGGCUACAAACUGGUCGGGAUCAAGACCCUUGUUGCCUCCAAGGAACAUCUUGAAGAGCACUACCGUGAUCUCAAGGAAAAGCCUUUCUUCCCCGGACUUAUCGCCUACAUGAGCUCUGGACCAGUUGUUGCCACUGUCUGGGAAGGUCUGGAUGUUGUCAAGCAAGGUCGUGCCAUUCUUGGAGCCACCAACCCCCUUCAGUCCGCCCCAGGAACCAUCCGCGGAGACUACUGCAUCCAGACCGGCCGCAACAUAUGCCACGGAUCCGACUCCGUUGAAUCUGCCAACCGUGAGAUCGCCCACUGGUUCAAGCCCGAUGAAUUGGUCAACUACAAGCUCGCUACUCAGCCAUGGCUCUACGAAUGA